AAUCAAUUCAAAAUAAUAGACCCGUUGGAAAUCUGUGCUUCCCUUUAUGCAUCAAAGAAGACAUGAAUUCCGUAUCUUGUUACUCCUUCAAAAACACAAAAAGAGUGAAAUUCAAAGCCGAAUGGAAGGGUACCCAGAUCGUCUUCAAAUCUCCGGUAGAAACGACGCCGUUUCAUUGGUACGAGCACGGGAAGAAAGUUUAUCCAAGCGAGAAGCAAUUCUUGACAGCACUUCGAGCUGUUGUGAAGAACAAACUGAACCUCAAUAUACCGGUGAACACUCUCAUGAGGACAAUGAAGAAGAACAUUCAUUCUAGAAAUUUUGAUGUAUUCAGUCAAGAAGAGAUCGAUUCGAUGUCUACAUUAGUCCAAGACAACGAAUUUCUAGUUCUUACUUUUUUUUCUGGAAAUGAUAUAUUUCCAAGACUGGUCGGUACUUGUGGUUCCUACUAUGCUACAGAAUAUGUCGAACCGAUACAGGUCAAAUCUUCUCUACUGGCCCUAACGGACAACGUGAAAGAUUGGAUUUGGAGGCUACAAAUCUCAACUCAAAUAUUGGAGCUAUUGAAGAAGCUGGAAACUGAUUUUCAAGAGCCCAUUCAUCUCUGUGAUAUCCAAAUGGAACAUUUUGGAACCUACCAACAAGAUGAAAGUCUUAGAUAUCUGGACCUGAACCAACUGUAUUCCAGAACAAUCAUCAAUAAAUUCUUCCGAAAUGUAUCUUGUCAGACCGACGAAGACUGUGAUUUUUUCGAUUGUAGAAGCAAAUGUAGCCUUCAGACCAAAACAUGUGCACAUGGGGUGACAAAUAAUAACUUUCAAGUAGUGUGUGAAAAACUAUUCUUGGGUUGGAGGCGGUCUAAUACUGUGAUAGUGCCUGGGUUACUUUUAUCUCAGCAUACCCCUUCGGAUUUGGCUGAAGUUGUGAGACAGUGCGCUAAUCCAGAAAAUGAAGUGGGAAAACCGAGAAAAAGCCCGGACGGAAAUGUCAUAAAGAGAAUGUACGAAUUAAUUGUGGAAAUUGAACAAACAUUUGUUAGUCGAACAUCUCUCUGAGUCCAUUGUAAUAUAUCAUAUUAUUAGUACAUAAAAAUAAA